CGCUUCAUUUUUGAUAUUGAGAAAACUAUGUAGCCCUCUUCAGCAUCAUAUAGGAAGACCACAUGCCAAGUUUCGCGAUGUAAUUCCGUCUAAAUAUUUAUUAAUCUGGCCAGCAAACUUUCAAACGAGCCAAGUCGCCGAAAUCUGCUAACUCUAGCGCGCGACGUGAAGAGCAAUCAACAGCGCUGUCAAUACCACGGAUCUGGCGCAGCCAACAGUGAGCACCUACGUCAGAGGCAUGCGUAUGUCAGUUCUAUGUUUUGGUUGUUUUUACUUCUCCGGGCGAAAUUGAACGAAGACGUCGUGAGUGGAAGUGGCUCCUCCCGGCGUUGCGUGUUGGCUCUGUCCACAUGAUCACCGUAAAACGCAUGCGCCAAGUUGGGAGCAGACGCACUCGUUUCCUCGUUUCGCCUCUGCUGCAGUAGGAGCAGUAGGAGGACGGCGUUUUGUGGUUUUGUUACGGUUCGAGCGCGGGCAGCAUCCCCGAAGCCUAGCUGCGAUGCCUCGCAGAAGGGCCAUAGGCUCACGAUGUUGUGUUGCUGCCUGCUUGAACUAUCAGUCGACCAGCCCGGGAGUUGUUUUUCACAAGUUCCCUCGCGACAGUGCGCGUCUCAUUGUUUGGACAGACAUCGUGCGCCGUUGGAACUCCGAGAAGCCGUGGUCGCCAAAUAGCAGGACAUUGAUCUGUUCUGACCACUUUUUGCCCGAAUGCUACCAGCGAGAUCUGCGCUUGCUCUGCGACGCUGGGUUUUCAACCAAGUACGCGCGUCUGGAUCAAAACGCCGUGCCGUCGAUCCUCGAUCCUGGAUCCUCGCCUUCCGUAACAGCCGACGGACUGACGCCGGACGCCGUGUCGUCGUACCUCGUUCCUCGAUCCUCGCCUCCCCAAACAGCAGACGAAUCAUGCGUGAAGCGUCGUCGGACCGGGAGCGGUGACCACUGUAGCAGCAGCAGCAGCACAGUGUCGAAGAGCAGUAGCUUGCCAGUGGUCACUACAUGGGAUGACGACUCCAAAGCACCAACAUAUGAGUCAUCGCUGGAUGCACCAGUGGCUCGAGAAGAACCUGUUGGUCAGAACCAAGCCAGAACAGCGUGCCUUAGCCAAAGCGGGGACCAGGCUUCCGCUUCUGGGCCAGGGUGCAACAGCAGCACCGCCGCUUUAUGCGACACCGUGCCAGCAACUACUGCAAUUGAUGGCCAUUUUGAACCGCACUUGGAGCCGCCCAUCUGCCACAUCUGUAUGUGUGUGGUAACGAGAGGUACACCGACACUGUCUGUGGACAAAGCUGUGCAAGCCUUCGAGGAGCUUUGUCAGACCUCGACUGAAAAUCCGGCACUGCCAACAUCUUCCGGCAUGGUUGGCCAAAGCCCUUUGGGGAGCGAGCCAGCUGUUCCCGGAAGUCCCCAACAAGCCCAAGAGAAUUCUGCAGACGUUGAGCAAGAAUUGCGCCAGUGGUGCUCUACGCCUACAGAGGACAAGACGCCAAGCCCCUUGUCGUUGGAGCGGGAUGCCACUCCCGAACCCUCAGAACCUGGGGCAUCGCCUUCGGACACCAGUUACACGGAGGCCGCCUUCCUGGACUCCGAUGAAGAUAUCUGCCCUGAGCCAGAUCUGUUGGACGAGAGUUACAGGCCGGAUAACUCUUUCAACUCCGAUGAUGAACCGGAUUCCGACACCAGCAUCUGGUCCAACGACUCUGUGCACUCGGACGGUGCAACAGAUGUCGAUGAAGGAGGGUGCAGCACGUCUUCAGCAGCAGUGGACCCGGUAAAGGAGAGGAAGUACCUGGUGACUGCAUCACAGCUGCUGCUGCUGUUUUCGGUUUGCAUCAAAUGCCUGGCUCCGACACGGACGAAGCUGACACAUCGAGGGACCCUUGUGCACGCCGUCAUCACGUGUGCACGAGGGCACAAGACUGUGUGGGAGAACCAGCCCAGAAUCAACAGCAAGGCACUCCUCAACAUCCUGCUGCCUGCUGCCAUCACCUACUCUGGAGCCAGCCCAACGCGCGUUCUUCGCCUCCUGGGAUCUAUAGGCGUGCAAGUCUUGAAGAAGACUCAGUUCUUCCGGGUGCAGAGCUCUUUGGUCUUUCCUGCUGCUACAAAGACCUGGGAAGCUGAACAGGAGUCUCUCCUGACAGCCACGAAAGACAAGCUCCACCUUGCAGGCGAUGGGCGUGCUGACUCGCCUGGUUACUCUGCCAAGUAUGGGACGUAUACACUGCUUGACACCCGCAUCAACAAGAUCAUGCACUACGAGGUUCUUCAGUCGACAGAAGUCAAGUCGAGCAACCACAUGGAGACGGAGGGCCUGAAACGUUCUCUGGACUUCCUCCUGAGCAUGGGGCUGUCUGUGUAUGUUCUUGUGACCGACCGGCACUUUGGGGUGAAUGCCCUGAUGAGAGACAGGUACCCCGACACGAAGCACCGGUUCGACGCAUGGCAUGUCGCAAAAGGCAUUGGGAGCAAGAUGGCCUCUGCAGGCAAGACAAAGAAGAACAGCAUCUUGAAUGCAUGGGUGAAGACUGUACGUGGACACGUCUACUGGUGUGCACAGACCAGCAGUGACAAUGGCGCGCUGGUGCUCGCAAAAUGGGUGUCCGUAAUGCGACACGUGAGCAACGUCCAUCAGCACCCCAGCCCCCUGUACCCUGCGUGCACCCAUGGCCCAAUCGAAGAGCGCUGGUGGCUUCAGGAAGGGACCGAGCCAUACGUGGCUCUCGAAAAGAUCGUCAUGUCCAAGCAACUGCUCAAGGACAUUCCAAGGGUGUCUGGAGACGGUCAGACCUAUCGCCUAGAGUCGUUCCACAGCAUGCUGCUCCGGUUUACUCCGAAAUCCAGUCAUUUCAGUUUUGAGGGCAUGGUGGCACGGACUGCCGUCGCGGUGCUCCACUACAAUGAGAACAGCAACCGUGCGCAGGCCACAACGAAGGACGAAAAAAAGCGAAGUUGUCUGAAGUUUCCCAAGUCACGGAAAGGCGAAUGGGUCCUCAGCCCCAUCAUGGAGACUGCGUCGUACGACUACGUCCAGAGGCUCCUCAAUUCCUGCCUGGAGUUGGCCAAGGCUUCCCGGACCUACCAGCAGGCUGUGGCUGCGAACGGGCCGCGUCCUCGUCGACCACCUCUGUGCAGCGUUGCACAAAGGCCAGACAAGGAAGCAGCGGUGUUGGCCCACAGGACCCGGUUCGAUCAAGCAUAG